CGCAGUUAAUAAUUAGCCUUCUAUUUUUAUUGGCAGGGACCUUAGCCUGAAGGAUGAUAUGCAUUUUAAGGAAGCCACACUUUGAAUAAGACAACAAGUAGCCAAAGCCAUUUUACGAUAUGUCCCUCGACAUAGCAACGGCAUCCUUGUUUCUGGCAGAGGGAGGCUAGAAAAAAAGAAAGGAAAAAGCACUGUUUGAUUUACAACUUCAAGAAAUGCUGCUUCAGCACUGGCAAUCGCAUCCUCUGUUUCAGUUCGCCGUCCUGAGGGAGCUAUCCGGAAACUGCAGAAAUUACGGAGAUGGCAUAUUUCCGAUCUUGGAAUGGAGCUGUGAAAGCCAAGAUCUCCCUGAGGGGCAGUUGAGAAACCAGGCUGCCUUUGAAGAGGUGACACUGACGUCUUCAUGGCUUCUCCAGAUUCUCACAAUCAGAUAGGCCGGGGGCCAGCUGGUUUUCUGCCUGGCUCUACAGACCCUGAACGAAGUCAUCCCGCUGCAACUUCCAGUUCCCAGCAGCAAGUACCACGGCUUCCUCCUCUGCCACCUGCCAGCCUCCCUCCUGGAUUAGAAUACUUAAAUCAGCUAGACCUGAUCAUUAUACACCAGCAGGUGGAGCUCCUUGAAAUGAUACUAGGUACUGAAACCUCCAACAAAUAUGAGAUCAAAAACGGCCUAGGACAGAGAGUUUACUUUGCAGUAGAAGAAAGCCUCUGUUUUAACCGCACCUUCUGUGCCCCACUGCGGUCCUGCGCCUUAAGAAUUGUCGACAACACAGGCCGUGAGGUGAUUGCGGUCCACCGACCCUUGCGAUGCAUCAGCUGUUGGUGUCCUUGCUACUUACAAGAGUUAGAAAUCCAAGCCCCUCCAGGGAUUGUCGUGGGAUAUGUUGUUCAGAAGUGGGACCCUUUUCUGCCUAAAUUCACAAUUCAAAAUGAGAAUAAAGAAGAAGUCCUAAAAAUUGUUGGCCCUUAUGCAACAUGUGGAUUUUUUGGCGAUGUUGACUUUGAGGUGAAAACCAUUAAUGAAAAGUUGACAAUUGGGAAGAUUUCCAAGUACUGGUCGGGGUUUGUCAAUGGUGUCUUUACAAACACGGACAACUUUGGAAUUCAUGUGCCAGCAGAUCUAGACGUGAAAAUAAAAGCGGCAAUGAUUGGUGCCUGUUUCCUCAUAGUAAGUUGCCCAAGAGAGAAAACAGGAAAUGUGAUCAACAGAACUUAGAUCACAAAGGAUAAAUUUAAUUUUCCAAUCUUCAAGGCAUAGCUCACGUUAAAGACCAGCGAACCUAACCAGUUGCAGGGUCAGUACUAGUUAAAGCAGGUUAUUAAAGUAAACUGUCAGUACUAGUUAAAGCAGGUUAUUAAAGUAAACCUUUCCCCUUUCCCAUCUAUAGGUGAAAACAACCAGAUAUUGUCAGUUUUCCCCUGGAGUGUGUUGGCGAUUUAUGGAACAUUCUUCCAACAGCACUCAACUGUCUCGACAGAAUGGGGUACGAUGUUGAAAGAAAUGUUUAGGCACAUAUAUACUGCACUGGUCAGGGCAGAAGUGUUAGAAUUUAGGCUUUGCUAUGUUUGAGGCUUGUUGAGAACAUAAUCCCUAUAUUAUAGGAGAAAUGAGAGUAAUUUAAAAUUCAAGUUGAAAACAUACAUCAUAAAACUUGUUCUUUAUGUUUGAAGAUCAUUAAGAUCAUUAAACAGCUAAAAUGAAAUUAUUCAUCUUCUCCACUCAACCCACUCUCUCCUAACUUUCCCAUCUCAGUUGAUAAUCCCACCAUCCUUCCUGCAAUAGACCUUGCUACGUCAUUUACUCUGGACACAUCACUGUCACUGUCGAUUGUCACAUUCAAUCUGCUGCCACAUUAUUAUUCAACUACUUUUUCCAGUGUAAUAUCUCCUGGAUUAGCCCCUUCCUCUCCACCCAAGCAGUUACACCUUCUCUUGUUUUUGCUGAAUUCUACUUUCCAAGAGCUUAGUACAAUGCUGUGCACACAGUAAAUGCUCAAUAAA